GCCUUAACUCCAGCCUUACUCCUUUUGAAUGGAUGAUUUUGGCAACCAUCAUAGCUAACUGUAUCGUCCUGGCUCUGGAACAGCAUUUACCUGAGAAUGACAAAACUCCUCUUUCUGAGAGACUGGAUGAUACAGAGCCCUACUUCAUAGCCAUCUUCUGUUUUGAGUCAGGUAUAAAGAUUCUGGCUCUGGGCUUUGCCCUCCAUAAGGGCUCCUACCUGAGGAAUGGAUGGAACGCUAUGGACUUUGUAGUAGUGCUCACUGGUAUCUUGUCGGCGGUUGGCUCCGAAUUUGACCUGCGGACACUGAGAGCAGUCAGGGUUCUGCGACCACUUAAGUUGGUGUCAGGGAUUCCCAGCCUGCAGGUGGUACUCAAGUCCAUCAUGAAGGCUAUGAUCCCCCUGCUGCAGAUCGGACUGCUUCUCUUUGUGGCCAUUCUGAUGUUCGCCAUCAUCGGCCUUGAGUUCUACAUGGGAAAGUUCCACACCACCUGUUUCGACAUCGCCACUGAUGAGAUUUAUGAUGAGUUGCCAUGCGGUACAGAGUUACCGUCCAGAUUGUGUCCUAAUGGGACCACGUGUAAAGGCUAUUGGCUGGGGCCCAACUAUGGGAUCACCCAAUUCGACAACAUUCUCUUUGCUGUCCUCACUGUAUUCCAAUGUAUCACCAUGGAGGGUUGGACCGAUAUGUUAUACUAUAGUAAUAAUGUAGAGGGAAGUGCCUGGAACUGGAUGUACUACAUCCCCCUCAUCAUCAUCGGGUCCUUCUUCAUGUUAAAUCUGGUGCUGGGCGUCCUCUCAGGAGAGUUUGCCAAAGAGAGAGAGCGAGUAGAGAACCGUGCAGAGUUCCUCAAAUUGAGACGCCAGCAGCAAAUAGAGAGAGAGCUAAACGGAUAUCUAGAAUGGAUCUGUAAAGCAGAGGAGGUCCUUCUGAAUGAGGAUGGUACCAUUUUUACCGGUACCGUCAAGACCAAGAACAAGAAAGAGCUGCUGAAUCCAGAAGAGGGGGAAGAUGGUGGAGCUAAUGGAGACCCGUUUGGCCGAGGUGGUCUACAGGAUGGGUCCAACUACAAUAGGAACGAGCGGCGGAUCCGGUUCUUCAUCCGUAAGAUGGUGAAGACUCAGGCCUUCUACUGGACCGUCCUGAGUCUGGUGGGCCUCAACACCAUGUGUGUGGCGGUGGUACACUAUGAACAACCUGAGAUCCUCUCCGACUUUCUCUUCUAUGCAGAGUUUAUAUUCCUGGGUCUGUUCAUGUCAGAGAUGUGUAUUAAGAUGUAUGGCUUGGGGACUAGGCCCUACUUCAACUCCUCCUUCAACUGCUUUGACUGUGUUGUGAUCGUGGGCAGUAUAUUUGAGGUGAUAUACGCGGUCAUUAAGCCAGGGACAUCGUUUGGCAUCAGUGUGUUAAGAGCCCUCCGACUGCUCAGGAUCUUCAAAGUCACCAAGUACUGGGCCCCUCUACGUAACUUGGUGGUAUCAUUACUCAACUCUAUGAAGUCCAUCAUCAGUUUGCUCUUCCUCCUCUUCCUCUUCAUUGUCGUCUUUGCCCUUUUGGGCAUGCAGCUCUUCGGUGGACAGUUCAACUUUGAAGGUGGCACGCCGGCCACCAACUUUGACACCUUUCCUGCAGCUAUAAUGACAGUAUUUCAGAUCCUGACGGGUGAAGACUGGAACAUGGUGAUGUAUGAUGGGAUCAAGUCUCAGGGAGGAGUAAACAGCGGAAUGGCCUACUCCGUCUUCUUCAUAGUGCUCACACUCUUCGGCAACUACACCCUGCUGAAUGUGUUCUUAGCUAUCGCCGUGGACAAUCUGGCCAAUGCUCAGGAGUUGACCAAGGAUGAGGAGGAGCAAGAAGAGGCAGCUAAUGCCAAGACAACCCUGCAGAAGGCCAAGGAGGUGGCUGAAGUUAGUCCUCUGUCUGCCGCUAACCUCUCCAUCGCUGCAGUGACAGUAACAAAAACUGAGCGUAUCGAUGCCACAGAGAAUGUGCUUGACUGUAAGGAGCAGCAGAAGAAUAAUAAGGCUGGUGGUAAAUCCGUGUGGGAACAGAGGACCAGUGAGAUAAGGAGACAGAACCUGAUGACCAGCAGAGAGGCCCUGUACAACGAGAUGGACACGGAGGACUGGAAGGUCAGGGGAGAGGGGGAGGGAGAGGUGUCGUACCCCCAUCGUGCGGGGGACAUGAAGACCCACCUGGACCGUCCGCUGGUGGUCAACCCCCAGGACAACCGCAACAACAAUACCAACAAGACCCGGCCCGGAGAGCCCCCUCUAGACCCGCAGGACACCCUGGGCCAGCAGAGGGCUGAAGAAUACAUCAGACGCCAGGCCUGCUACCAUCAGAGAUACAGGGGGGGUGAACCAAGGGGAGGUAGUGGCCCAGAGAGAGAGGCCCGUCUGGGGCACGGGGGGAGCAGAUUGUCCCUGCAGACGCUGGAGGGUAUUGAAGAAAGAAGGGAACAUGGAAGGAGAUGUAGGCAUAAAGAAGGGAAGGAGGGGAGGAGUGUGUCACCGCAUUAUAGCGAGGGAGGAGUGGGGGAUGAGAAGAGGAGGCACAAAGGGGUAGUGGUAGGGGAGGGGGGUGAGGUAGAGGGGGAGGGGAGGAGGCCGAGGCGUCAUCGGCAUGGAGAGAGGAGCCGACAGCAUCGAGUUAGAAAAGACCACCACUGCAGUGGCCCCAACCUCUCCACCGCUCGGCCCAUUCUCAGACAGGACAGUCAGUACAGGGAAGACCUAGACAACCUCCUCAACAACAGCAAACUACACGACCACACCCUCCACCCGCUGCCCCCAGACCACCCUGACCUUGUGAAUAACCUCCUGAACCGCAGUGUGACAGCAGACACACACCACCAUAGUAUGGACAGUCUAAUUCUGACCAGUAUGGCCAAGCCGGCUCAUACGGUCGUGGAUAUGAUGCCUCCUGUCUAUCCAUAUCCCUCCACCAAUGCCAUCCUGCAAGUGAACAAGAAUGCUAACACAGACCAGAAAAAGAAGGAUGAGGAGAAGAAGGAGGAAGAGGAGGAUGAAGGGGGCGAUGAAGAUGGUCCCAAACCAAUGCCCCCGUUCAGCUCCUGUUUCAUACUGUCCACCACCAACCCGUUCCGUAGGUGCUGCCACUACAUCCUGACCAGGAAGUACUUUGAGUUCAGUAUCCUGUCUGUGAUCGCAAUGAGCAGCAUCGCCCUGGCUGCAGAGGACCCUGUCUGGCCUGAGUCACCAAGCAACCAAGUGCUGAAAUACUUUGACUAUGUCUUCACGGGUGUCUUCACGUUUGAGAUGUUGAUCAAGAUGGUGGUGCUAGGCCUGUUCUUACAUCAGGGUUCAUACUUCAGGGACCUGUGGAACAUCCUGGACUUUAUAGUGGUUAGUGGUGCUCUGGUGGCCUUCGCCUUCACGAGCUUCGCAAAGGGGAGUGGCAAAGGGAAAGAUAUCAGCACUAUCAAGUCUCUGAGAGUACUGAGGGUACUACGACCUCUCAAGACCAUCAAACGACUCCCCAAGCUAAAGGCUGUGUUUGACUGUGUGGUGAACUCUCUGAAGAACGUCCUGAACAUCCUCAUCGUCUACAUGCUCUUCAUGUUUAUAUUUGCUGUGGUGGCUGUGCAGCUGUUCAAAGGCAGAUUCUUCUACUGCACUGACGAGUCCAAGGAGUUUGAGCGCGAUUGCAGGGGAGAGUUUUUGGUGUACGAACGGAAUGAAGUAAAAGCUGAGAAGCGGGAGUGGAAGAAGUACGAUUUCCACUACGACAACGUGCCUUGGGCCCUGCUCACCCUCUUCACUGUGUCCACUGGAGAGGGCUGGCCGCAGGUGUUAAAGCAUUCGGUAGAUGCGACCUAUGAGAAUCAGGGUCCCAGUCCGGGCUACCGGAUGGAGAUGUCCAUCUUUUACGUGGUGUACUUCGUUGUCUUCCCCUUCUUCUUCGUCAAUAUCUUUGUUGCUCUCAUCAUCAUCACCUUCCAAGAACAGGGGGAUAAGAUGAUGGAGGACUACAGUCUGGAAAAGAAUGAGAGAGGAUGUAUAGACUUUGCCAUAAACGCCAAGCCCCUGACCCGCCACAUGCCCAAGAACAAGCAGAGCUUCCAGUUCCGGAUGUGGUCGUUUGUGGUGUCCCCACCGUUCGAGUACAGCAUCAUGGGUCUGAUCGCACUCAAUACUAUAGUCCUCAUGAUGAAGUAUAAUGGGGCGUCUGACACCUAUGAUAAAGUCCUGAAGAACAUCAACAUCGUCUUCACUACCCUCUUCUUCAUGGAGUGUAUUCUCAAGAUCAUCGCCUUCGGGGUUUUGAAUUAUUUUAAAGACGCUUGGAACAUUUUUGAUUUUGUCUCCGUGCUCGGAAGCUUCACUGAUAUCCUGGUGACAGAAUUUUGGGAGAAUAACUUCAUCAACCUGAGUUUCCUUCGACUGUUCCGAGCGGCUCGUCUCGUCAAGCUACUGAGACAAGGAGAGACUAUACGCAUCCUGCUCUGGACUUUCGUCCAGUCAUUUAAGGCGCUGCCCUAUGUGUGCCUCCUCAUUGGCAUGCUGUUCUUUAUCUACGCCAUCAUUGGGAUGCAGUUGUUUGGUAAUCUGGCACUGGGCGAGGACGAAGGCAGUGCCAUCAACGAAAACAACAACUUCAGGACUUUCAUCAUGGCACUCAUGUUACUAUUCAGGAGUGCGACAGGUGAGGCGUGGCAUGACAUCAUGCUGUCGUGUCUGGGGGGUAAGAAGUGUGACCCAGACUCAGGGAACACAGAACCAGAGUGUGGCAGCACCUUCGCAUACACAUACUUCGUCUCCUUCAUCUUCUUCUGUUCUUUCCUGAUGCUGAAUCUGUUUGUGGCUGUCAUCAUGGAUAACUUUGAGUACCUGACCAGAGACUCAUCUAUACUGGGUCCUCAUCACCUGGACGAGUACGUCAGGAUAUGGGCCGAGUAUGACCCCGCUGCCUGCGGGCGCAUACAUUAUAAGGAUAUGUACAGUUUAUUGAGAGUAAUCUCCCCUCCUCUGGGCUUGGGCAAGAAAUGCCCUCAUAGGGUGGCCUGCAAGAGGCUGCUGCGCAUGGACUUGCCGGUUGCCGAGGACAACUCAGUGCAUUUCAACUCCACCCUCAUGGCUCUGAUUCGGACAGCGCUCGAUAUCAAGAUUGCCAAGGGAGGAGCUGACAAACAUCAGAUGGACGCUGAGCUAAGGAAAGAAAUGAUGGCCAUUUGGCCCAACCUCUCUCAGAAGAACCUAGACCUGCUGGUCACACCACACAAGUCAGCCACAGACCUGACGGUGGGGAAGAUCUACGCUGCCAUGAUGAUCAUGGAGUAUUACAGACAGAGCAAGGCCAAGAAGCUCCAGGCCCUACGCGAGGAGCAGAACCGAACACCGUUAAUGUUUCAGCGCAUGGAGCCGCCCUCCCCCGGGGGAGGAGAAGGGGGAGGAGGGGGAGGCCCCGACGGGACGGGAGGAGGGAUGCCAGGGGUCAACGGCCUCCCCGCCACCCAGCAUGACCCCAACAGCAUACCUCCAGAGGGUGGGAUGACAGAGAGCCAGUCGUGGGUGACAGCUAAAGCUCAGGAGAUGUUUAACAAGACGGGCAACUGGAGCCCAGAGAGACCCUACCCCGACCAUCUCCAUGACAACAGACACAACCCCCAGACGCUAGAGAUGAGAAAGAUGGGGCGGGACGGGUACUCGGAAACUGAGCCCUGUCACCCAAUGCGAAUGGACAGGCAUGGUCGGACCAUCUCCAUGCCCCGCCUCUCAGACGACAACCAAAGUGUACACGAUGCUGCGCGGAGACGACACAGGCCUCGUGGACAUAACCACCUCAGUACCAUAACAGACACCAGCCCCAUGCGUCGGUCCACUUCCUCUCUGGUCCACGGGCGUUCUGGCAGGGAGAGGGGGGUGAGGCUGGAUGACUACAGCCUGGAGAGGGUAGAAGGAGAGGGGAGGCACGGUGGGGGAGCAGGAGGGGGACAACGCAGGGACAGGAGGGACAGGAGCCACCGCACCUCUCAGAGGUCCCUUACCAGAUACACAGACGCAGACACAGGGUUGGGCACAGACCUGAGCACUACCACCCAGUCUGGAGAACUCCCCCCCAAAGAGCGUGAACGCGAACGCGGUCGAGCCAAAGACCGCAGGCACCACCAUCAUCACCACCACCACGGUGGCUCCAUGGAGAAGGAGGGGCGCUUCGGGCCAGACAGACACGGGCCAGAGUUCACCCACAGACACCCCCACGACCGGGGGGACAGACACUGGUCCCGCUCUCCUAGUGAGGGGCCCGACGGACGGGGCCACAGACAGGGCAGUAGCUCGGUGAGCGGCAGCCCCGUCCCCUCCACGUCCGGUACCUCCACCCCCCGCCGCGGGCGCCGCCAGCUGCCCCAGACCCCCGCUGUGCCACGCCCCCACGUCACCUACUCCCCAGCCAUACGACACCCCAAGCCCACCUACGGAGCAGGUCCCCCUGGACGACUCCGCUCCCCCUCCCCCCGACACUUCUCCCCCCCAGAGCACGACGGAGGGGGGUAUCACCGCCCGCCAUCGCGUCACGUUUCCCCGCUUGAGCACGGAGGGUCGAGGCACGGGUCUCCGAGAUCGGCCCGACACCAGUCGGGGUCUCGUUCACCUCCGCCCCACCAUGGGUCACCCCGGUCCCCCCGCCACGGGCGUUGGAGCGGUCCCCCUCCCGGGGAUAGUCUGGAGAGCGAGGUUGGCCCAUUCUAUGAGCGUGACUGCGAGUACGAGCGCCAGCAUGAGCCGCCCGCCUACGAGCAGAGCCUCAGCAACCCACAUCCCCACGGCAACCCCCACCCGCACGGCAACCCACAUCCGCACGGCAACCCGCACCCACGCUCCCCCAGGACUGCCCGGCACGGGGGCGGCGUGGGCCCACCACCUCCACUUGCUCCCACUCACCCCCGACGAGUCCCAAAUGGUUACCGCUCGUCUUCGCCCUCCCCGCACCGGCGAGGGCCCCCACAUCAACACCCCAAUCCAGGGGGACCACCCCACCGGUCCCCCCCUCAUCACCGGGUCCCCCAUGGAGGCCCCAGAGGCCCCCGGAAGGGACUGCACGAACCCUACAGCGAGACGGACGAGGACGACUGGUGCUAGCACAGCGAAGGAACAGAAGAACGAGGGAGGAGAGGAAGAGAGGAAAAGGAGGGAGGAGAGGAGUCUCUCCGUCUCCCCCAUCCUCUGUUCUUCGUUAUGCAGACUUGAAUGAAGGGUAAAGGGAUGCAGAAGGGGGUGAGGAAAGGAAAGGAGGAGAGGAGAAUUUGGGAGAAGUCUCUCCAUCUCUCUACCUCCACCCCUGAGACUCAGACUUGGAUGGAAUGAUGAGGGAUGGAGGGAUGGUUAGAGGAGAAGAGGCACACUGUGUGGGUGUGUGAGACUCUAAACUCAGAGCAGACAUGACAGAGAGAGACAGCUAUAAGGCAGAACUACGCACCUCUCCUCUUCUCCUCUGUCUCAACUACCAUACCCAGAGUUCUCAGCGUGCCCAGGGGGGAGUAGACCGAGGGAUGGUGGAGAGGUGCUGACGGAGGUGUGGAGAGGGAAGAAAGAACAAAAGAAUGAAAGGAAGGGAGGAGCAUGUAUAUUAAGUUACAAGUGGCCAAUGAAUGGUAAAUAAAAGCCCCUCUCCCAGACUGUUUAGGGGAUAGGUGGGUUAGUUAAGUUAAGCUAAACCUGGGUGCUCUUGCUGUUCUGUCAUUCUAUUCUACUAGCCUGAUAAGUGUUAGGAGCUAACAGCUAAACGCUAGCUAGCUAACACUGCUCUUGGUCUAACCUAGACGGACAUGUUUAAAAAAACAACAACGAAAACCCAUGCCAGGACCCCCUAUCCUUAUACACGCCAAGCUAUGCCUCCAGAAAAAUCUAACUUGAAGACUAAAGAACAGAAAACAAAAACAAACUUUGAAAAAAAAGAGGAGAAAAAAAGGGAGAACAACCACUUUAACUUAAACUUUCCUGAAAGGGACCGGACUAGAACCAGGAAGCUCCGCCUCUACUGCAAAAACCAGCCAAUGACAGAGCUGGCUGAUAUUUGAUGAGUUUUAUCAUCUCCUGUUUACUGUUACAGACUCACGAAAUGCUGACGACGGACCUGGUGUGACCUCACUUCCGGUGGGUGGGGCCUAGUGUGACAUCACUUCCUGUUCCGGUGGAUGGGGCCACAGGGUAGGGGCUGGGGGCAGAGUUAUGGACCCUUAGGGGGCGUAGUUUGUUUGCCCCCACUAUCUUCUCUCCCCCUUCCUCUCUCCUCCAUCCUGCCGAAGGACAGGGAAGGAAAAUGAUGUGAGGAUGAGCAGAAAGAAAGAAGGACAGGGAAGGAAAAUGAUGUGAGGAUGAGCAGAAAGAAAGAAGGGAAGGGAAGGAAAAUGAUGUGAGGAUGAGCAGAAAGAAAGAAGGACAGGGAAGGAAAAGACCAUUUCUUCAGUAUUUCUUCUAUCGAUUACUUCUUCUUCUUCUAGUUCUUCUUCUUGGACAUUGGAGCUUGGUUCUUCUGUUGCGUUCGCUCAAGCCUCUGUUAAUCCGUUAUGAUGCAUGAAAAAAAUACCUAGAGAGAAAAUCUACUGUUGGGGAUAUGGGGGCAUAUUGGGUUUAUAGAACACUUACAUUUUAGGUUUUGAUUGAAGAAGUUCUCUUUUUCUGACUCUCUCUCUCUCUCUCUCUCUCUCUGACUCUGUCUGUCAUCAUGCGUUUGUUUAUUGAGUAAAUAUUUGUUCUAUAUCACCCUAAGGAUCCGAUGGACAACCUUUUUUCAGUUUGAUUUCUGCCCAAUAGGGUUUUAAAGCUACCAUUUUCUUAUCUUGAAAGUACUCCUAAGUUCCUGAGAUACUCCUAAAUUUUACUAAGAUUCUCCUGUUGUACUAAGAUAUUCCUAAAUUGUUUUGAGGAAUAAGUAAGAAUUGAGAGAGCUAUGGGGAGAGAGAACUUCAACCUCUUUAAAUAAUUGAUUUGUAUUGUUAAUAAUGAUGAUAGUCCUAUAAAUACUGAUAUCAAUGUCAAUGCAAAACGAUGAAUGAUGAUAGCUGUUUGCCGUAGAUCUGUUGUCAUGUUUUUUGGAGUUUCAAUCUGCUGUGUCAUCUAGUUUUCAUCGUUUAUUUUCCUUUGGUUCUGUUCAAACUGUUUCCAAACUGUUCCCAAACUGUUUCCAAACUGUUCCAAAACGCCUUUAACUGGGUCCGAUACAUGCAACACGCAUAAACUUUUCAGGGAGGGGUUAGAUGUCGGAUUGUGAUUGUGAGCAACACAGAUGGAACUGUGUGGCGUUGUGUAACGCAGCUCUUUACCUCUGAUAGGUCCCCCCUCAGUGGUAGACAGAGAACCGGGGACACGUUCAGUAGCCAAAUGUUGUCAAACGUUGCAGAUAGAAAUGUCAUUAACAGAGCCGACGUGGUUCUUCAUUCUACGUGUAAGAGAUGCAUGUUUGUUCUAAAUAGCAUUUUUCUAUCCAAGCGUUCCAAAAACAUUGUGUCCUGCUGAGUGCGCCCCAGUCAUAGCCAAAUGAACCGGCCAACCAACCAACCGUCAGACCUCCACACAGUAUCUGAUUUACAGCUAGCUGUGGACCAUAGAGUUAGAAAGAGGACUUAUACUGGGUUAUAUCCACCUAGAGCCUUCUUUCUACCUCUAUGUUGUGAACGAGCUCCACCUCACAUCCCCAUGAGCUCUCCACUCGCUGUCAAGUCUCUCUGUCUUUCUGAUUUUCCAUGACAUGUUUAGCAUUGAGCUGCUUGCUUUACCAAGCCAGAGGAGAACAUUCUAGAAACAUUUUAGAAUCUCUAAGACAUUCUAGAAACUCUAGUCUAGACUCUAGAAACUCUAGUACAUUCUAGAGCAU